AUGUUAGUGGCUGGGCUGACUCACCAUCUGAAGGGCAAACUGAUGGAGAACAUGACUGUUCCAGAAGCCGGCCUGCUGGCUGCUGGAGGUUUGGAAGAAGGUGUUCAUUUUCCUUGCAGUGAUUUGCCCCCGGGGGCUGUGAUAUUCAGAGAGGGAGGUGCUUGGAGGGAAACGUUCUUUUCCGGCCAGAAGAACCUACACUUUGCAUAUGGCUCACAUGGUACACGCCUGGUUGGCAGAAGAAAAAAAAAAUUGGGAACUUCAGAUGGACUUGGUAUCUGCCAAGAUUUCCACACCGAAGGACAGUGGUAG